AGAUGGGAGGGUCACACGCUGUUAUGAGGAAGAGGACACCGGGCUGGCCCUGGCCCAGGGUGGCCAGCUCUGGUUUCACUACUUGGCCCCGAGCCCCUGAGGCAGGUGCAGGAGCCAGGCACGGUGAGCAGGGCCCAGUGCCCCUCAGGCUCUGGGGAAGGGGUACAGCCAGGUGGCCCAGAGCAAGGAGGUGCUGGAGACAGGUGUGACCACUUCCAGUCUCUCCCGGCCUGCUGGCCUUCAUCCUCUCCCAGAUUCCAAGGGCCACCGCUGGGAGCAUGGGGUGGACAUCGUCCCACCAGCCUCCUGGAUCCACAUCCGUAAAGACUCCAAAGUGAAGUGAGGCUGGCUUCACUCCAGCUCACAGCAGAGGAGGGGGCAGCCUCAGGGCCCAGCAACUUGCUCAGAGCGCACGGGAGUGUGCUGGGGCCAGGCCAGCCUAGCCCAGGGCCUCUGACUCUGCCCCCUGCCUGCAGGGCUGCACGGCCACUGUGUUCCACCCUCCAGCGUGGGCAGCAGUCCAAUGCGUCAUUCUGGGGCCUGAGCAGUGUGGUCAGAGGCCGGUCUGGGGUGGAGGCGACCUGGGCUGCAGGUUGUGGGUGGGGUCCUUGCUAUGCUUCUGGCAGCAGGAAUCAGAGAAGCAGUAACUGGAUCCAGCUGAGGGCCUGGCGGCCACCAAGGGUACAGGCGGCGAUCAGGUUGCGGCCGAGCCGUGAGCGUUCCACUGGACGGCUUCUACAUCCGGAAGGGCCGGGCCGGGCCGGGAGCCCACACGGGGUUGGAGGAGGAGGGCAGGAACGAGAGAGGCCAAAAGGUGCAGGGCCGUGAAGAGGGGCGCUGGGCCCACGCUAUGAGGAAAAGGGGAUCAACCCUGCCCUCCAGCCCUGUAGGCCCUCAGGCCCUCGGGCUCUGGGCUCUGUGCAAUCCGGGAGUGGCUGAAAUCCAAGCUGAGGGUAAUGAAAGGUGCCGCUCCUAAGCCGCACGUCUCUGAUCCGCCCUCCCCGCCCGCCCUCUGCUGCCCGCAGGCCCUCUAAGAGCUGCCCAGGCUGCUGCCGCGGGUCAGAGGCGGGUCAGAGCAGGCAGGGGGUUCAUGACGCCGGCUGGGUCUGGGGGCUGUGGGCCAGCCGAGCCGACCCGGGCUUCUGGGGGACCGCGGGGGCCGUGAGCACUCAGAGGGCGCAUCCCAGGCCCCUCCGGGGACCCGGCCAGCCUGAAGAUGCCGACGAACGGCCUGCACCAGGUGCUGAAGAUCCAGUUUGGCCUCGUCAACGACACUGACCGCUACCUGACAGCUGAGAGCUUCGGCUUCAAGGUCAAUGCCUCGGCACCCAGCCUCAAGAGGAAGCAGACCUGGGUGCUGGAACCCGACCCAGGACGAGGCACGGCUGUGCUGCUCCGCAGCAGCCACCUGGGCCGCUACCUGUCGGCAGGAGAGGACGGGCGCGUGGCCUGCGAGGCAGAGCAGCCGGGCCGUGACUGCCGCUUCCUGGUCCUGCCGCAGCCAGACGGGCGCUGGGUGCUGCGGUCCGAGCCGCACGGCCGCUUCUUCGGAGGCACCGAGGACCAGCUGUCCUGCUUCGCCACAGCCGUUUCCCCGGCCGAGCUGUGGACCGUGCACCUGGCCAUCCACCCGCAGGCCCACCUGCUGAGCGUGAGCCGGCGGCGCUACGUGCACCUGUGCCCGCGGGAGGACGAGAUGGCCGCAGACGGAGACAAGCCCUGGGGCGUGGACGCCCUCCUCACCCUCAUCUUCCGGAGCCGACGGUACUGCCUCAAGUCCUGUGACAGCCGCUACCUGCGCAGCGACGGCCGCCUGGUCUGGGAGCCUGAGCCCCGCGCCUGCUACACGCUGGAGUUCAAGGCGGGCAGGCUGGCCUUCAAGGACUGCGACGGCCACUACCUGGCACCCGUGGGGCCCGCAGGCACCCUCAAGGCCGGCCGAAACACGCGACCCGGCAAGGAUGAGCUCUUUGAUCUGGAGGAGAGUCACCCACAGGUGGUGCUGGUGGCUGCCAACCACCGCUACGUCUCUGUGCGGCAAGGGGUCAACGUCUCAGCCAAUCAGGAUGAUGAACUAGACCACGAGACCUUCCUGAUGCAAAUUGACCAGGAGACAAAGAAGUGCACCUUCUAUUCCAGCACUGGGGGCUACUGGACACUGGUCACCCAUGGGGGCAUUCACGCCACAGCCACACAAGUUUCCGCCAACACCAUGUUUGAGAUGGAGUGGCGUGGCCGGCGGGUAGCACUCAAAGCCAGCAAUGGGCGCUACGUGUGCAUGAAGAAGAAUGGGCAGCUGGCGGCUAUCAGCGAUUUUGUCGGCAAGGACGAAGAGUUCACCCUCAAGCUCAUCAACCGGCCCAUCCUGGUGCUGCGCGGCCUGGACGGCUUCGUCUGCCACCACCGCGGCUCCAACCAGCUGGACACCAACCGCUCCGUCUACGACGUCUUCCACCUGAGCUUCAGCGACGGCGCCUACCACAUCCGAGGCCGCGACGGAGGGUUCUGGUACACGGGCAGCCACGGCAGCGUGUGCAGCGACGGCGAACGCGCCGAGGACUUCGUCUUCGAGUUCCGCGAACGCGGCCGCCUGGCCAUCCGCGCCCGGAGUGGCAAGUACCUGCGCGGCGGCGCCUCGGGCCUGCUGCGGGCCGACGCCGACGCCCCGGCCGGGACCGCGCUUUGGGAGUACUGAGGCCGCGCCCAGACCAGCCUGUUGCGCAUUAAAACCGUGUCUGUCCCACAGCUGUGGGUGGGCCCCGGGGCGCCGCUUGGGGGUCCUGCAGCUGGAGGUGGAGGAGGCCCACAAUUCUCCCCAAACCAGAGAGCGCCCAGAACUUCCCAGUGCCCAGGGACUCCCAUCUGGGAGGUGGUCUUGUGGAUGGGCCGGGUGACCCAGGCCGCUGGAGGGGAGGUCUCGAGGACGUGGGGAGGACGGCGGCUGGGGGUGGGUGGGGGACUGAGCCUGGGCGGGUUGAGGCCACCAACACCGGCCACAGAUGACCUCACUGGACACCGCCCCUCCCCAACCUAGGUCCUCAACCCUUCCUAGCCCCCGGCAGCCCCUGCGGUGCUCGUCCUUCCUUGUGCACUGCUCAAGGCCAGGCAAGCGGCAGAAGGUAGGGGAGAGCCAGUCCUGGGGAGGUGGGACCAGCAUGGCCAGCAAGGGGAGGAACUGGCUGGGAUGCCCCUCCACUAAGCCCACCAGCCUUAGGGACAAAGAAGGGCAGGUUUCCAUGGUAAGAGGCUGGAACUCCCCGAGCCACGUGGGCAAGGCGGGUCCGAGUUAACCCUUGGAGGACCAGGUGCCACCUGGUCCAAGUUGGCAGGGAACGGCAGUGACCCUGGAGCUCGGGCUGUCCCUGCAGCCUGCAGUGUCCCCUGGUGGCAGCCAAGGUGAGGUGGAGUCUGUGGCUGGGGCAGGACUGGGGGCACCAGGUGGAACCGCAGUGGCUGGCACUCAGCACCUCCAGGCUCCCCCCUCAGCAGAGCCUCGGAGAGGGUCUGUCUCCCUGCACUGCCCUGCCUGACGUGAACUUGGCCUGCCACUGCAGGAACCCCCACUUCCGUCCACAUCCACAGCCUGGGGCACGGCAGGAGGCAGAGGCUAGGAAGCGGAGGGUGGGGUGGGAACGAAAUAAUGGCUGGGCCUGGAAGGGGGGGGCCCACUGCUGCUGCUGAGGCAGGUGGUACUCCAUGCAGAGACAGCUGCCAGGUGGUGUCUAGCAGGUGCCCCUAGGAGGAGGGUGAAGAAGAGCUGCUCUCACCCCAUGUGUGAGCUGGGUUGAGGGUCAUGCAAGGCUACGGUGUCAAGCCAGGAUCGGAGUUGGAGCAGGUGGAGGAAGCUGGAAAGGUCGAGAGGCUGCCCCUGCCACCGGGGAAGGGCCUCACGUAGUGAGAGCUCAGGUGCUGAGAGCCCAGGAGGUGUGCACUGAAGAGGUGAGGGCAGGGAGGCCCAGGAUGGGCAACAGGGCCCGGCCACACCGUGGUCCGCAGGCUCCCCGAGAAGCUGACUGUGGACCUGCCACCUGCCUCUGAGGCCAGGCCCUCCUCAAAUGCCGAGUGUUGAGAGCAGGUUCCUUGGAGGUGCAUGUGAGUUGGGUACAUUUCGCCCAGUCCCUGUACACUCUGGCGGGGCUGGGGACUGCCCACUGUGGUCCCUGCUUUCCUGCCUCUGUAGAUCUCCUUUUUGUUCCACGUGACCUGCUCUCUUGGCCCCUCA